CUAAAGUGAGCUGCUAUGUCAUUAAGGUCAAAGUCUAAUUUUAUCUCAACUACAGCUCUACAGAUACUUAAAAGGUGCAAGAAUAAAAACCUAGGAAAACCUAGACUGAACAGCUGUAAUCAAUGGAAAUUCCAAUAUUUAUUGUUGAUGCUUUUACCAAUGUGCCUUUUAAAGGUAAUCCUGCUGCAAUAUGUCUCAUGGAGAAUGAGCUGAGAGAUGAUCUUUAUCAGAGCAUUGCAGCUGAGAUGAAUUUGUCAGAGACCGCUUUCAUCACAAAAGGGAAUUCUGUGGAUUUUUCUUCAGGUGCAAGGUUUGGAUUACGCUGGUUUACUCCCACAAAUGAGAUCCCACUUUGUGGACAUGCGACACUGGCCUCAGCAGCAGUGCUCUUUUACAUGAAAAAAAAUGUCAACCCUGUACUGGUGUUUGAGACGAUGCGUGGAGAGCUGUAUGUGCGUCAGCAUGAAGAAUCUCUAAUAAUGGACUUUCCCUUAAACAAACCGAACCCCCAGGACCAACAUGAAAUCAAGGAUCUUUUAAAGGCUGCUGUAGGAGACUUACCCAUUCAGGAUGUGUGUUACUGUCCAACCACAAAGAAACUGAUGGUUCGUCUGGCUGACGCUUGUGACAGGUCUGAACUUGUGUCUCUGAGGCCAGAGGCACAGUCUCUUUUAAGAAAUGAAACCACUGGUAAGAUUAGAAGUCUUAUCAUUACACUGAAAGGAGCAGAGAGCACUCAGUCUGGAUAUGACUUUUACUCCCGUGUCUUCGCUCCAUGGGUUGGGGUCCCUGAAGAUCCAGUCACUGGGUCUGCACAUACAGUCCUUGCUGGCUACUGGUCUGAAAAGCUGAACAAAAAGAAAAUGUUGGCUUACCAGUGCUCCAGUCGAGGAGGCGAAGUAAAGCUGGAGAUUAGAAAUGAUGGUAGACUGGACAUCAUUGGUCUGGCACAGAUCAUUCUUCAGGGAACUCUUAAAAUCUAGACAAACUAAUUUUUGCUCUCUGUCUUUACUCUACUCAACUACAAAUGAAAUGAGUGUCACAGUUAUACACAUUUUGCAUGGCACCUAGCUUUUCUGCAGCAGUUUUUGUCUGCUACAAAAGACAAGGUACUGCGUACUACAGGGCACUGGAGGUAUUAUAUGACAUGAUGACUGCAGCCAGCAAUAAAGCCGAACCCAGCACAUGCAGUGGAAACAUUGAUUUCUUAAUUCUACUCAACAUUAUCUAUCAGUGAAGAUUUUUUUUCCUUUUGAUGUUAUUUUUUUCUUUUUUUUGCAAUUUUGGCAUGCUCAAUUAUAUUUUGGCUUUAGAAAAUAAUUGUGAUUGCUCUCCUCACAAAUAAACUAUUUUGUGUUACAUGUUCUCAGUGCUUUGUCUUUAACGUUUUACCGAAGUACCAUUAAAAUCAAAUACUCCCAAAUAAGUUGUUUUGGAAUUGACAUGUAAGAUGUAGUGGACUAAUUUUCACUGUACGUUAUCUGUACUUUUACUCAAGCAUGGGUUUCAGAUAAUCUUUACACCUCUGGACAAACUUGUGGUUUUGAUGGAAAUCGAGUACAUU